AUGCCCUACCAAAAGCCACUUAACGCCAGUAGGCAGACAGGUGACUAUCACGAGAGCUUCAGUGCUUCACUGGGCUCGAUGGUCAAGUGGCGAUCCCGAGGACUUACGUCCAACGCCGUCUCAGUUGCCGAUUUCAUUAUGGGUCCGCGCUACGAGGCAUGGUCCGGGAAUGAUGCAAUCACUCAAGAUGCACAGGAGUCAGGACAACCCUCGCCUUGCCGUAUCUCACCAGCCAGGCCGACGCCGGAAACUCGGCCAGGAGGCAAAUCAUUUCUCCCAUCGUCCACCUGGAUGGAUUUGAGGACCUCCUCACCCGCUAUUUCGACCUCGCCGUCGGCUUACAGCUCCCUAUCAGCUGCGCCUCCAAGAACAGCAUCAAGCGAGCUGAUGGCCUCGGUCGACAACGAUUUCGCCCGCUCGUAG